UCCCCGAAUCACAAGCCCCCAAAGAAAAGAGUAAAAAUCCACACUCGCCGGCUCGGCUUAACGGCUUAGGGUUUCUGAUCCGCCAUGGCUAUGCAAAUAGGUCUCAGCAGGGUCCUCCUCAUAGCUGGAGCAGGUUACACCUCCAUCCUCGUCCGGAACGGCAAACUCUCCGACGUCAUCGCUGAAAUUCAGGCUUUGUUGAAUGGAUCAGGAGAGCAAGAAGGUGAUUCUGAUAAGAUUGCAUCACAGAUGUAUAACCGAUUGCUGGAGGAGAUACGCACAGCGCGGCAGACAGUUGUGCUGAAUGCAAAUGGGGGUGGCCAAAGUAAUUUGUCAUCACUGAUAGUGCCAGCUGCUACUCUGGGGGCGGUGGGUUAUGGUUAUAUGUGGUGGAAGGGUCUUAAAUUCUCGGAUCUCAUGUAUGUGACAAAGCGUAAUAUGGCUGCUGCUGUUACAAACUUGACAAAAAGUCUGGAUACUGUAAAAGAAGCUGUUGUCAAUACAAAGAAGCACCUGACACAGAGAAUCCAGAAUUUGGAUGAUAAAGUGCUGGAGCAAAAUGAUCUGUCAAAGGCAAUUCAGAAGGAUGUAGCUGGGGUUCAGAAAAAUCUGACCGAUCUGGACAUUAACUUGGUUCAACUGCAACAAAUGGUAGCUGGUUUGGGGUGGAAAUUAGAAUCUCUUGAAGACAAGCAGGAUUUUGCAAAUAUGGGCGUCUCUUACCUCUGCAGCUUAAUUAGCGGGAAACCAGUUAAAAUGCCUGAAAAUCUGCAGAAGCAACUAAAACUAUCUGAUGAUAAUGCACGAGGCGGCCGAUAUCUCCCAUACUCGGGAGACAACAUAAUGAUUGGGCUGAAAAGUGCUCUUGAGGGUACUUUGUUAGAAGGUGCUCUUGCAAAAGAUGGUAUUACCAAGUUGGAAGAGCCUCCAAAGAACUUGCCCAGGUCGGUGUCAGCCAAGUGUUGAUUGUACCAUUCUGAACAAGAUAGAUCAAAGCUGUGUGGCUGUAGGUUCUCCAUUCAAGUCCGAAUGUAUACAAUCUUAGUUCUCUGGCAUUUUUUCCGAAACUUUGGAUUAUGGUGAGGAUGAAGUAAAUAUUACUCUGGAGCUUAUAACGUUAGCUUAUAAUUGUGUGAUGCCAUUAUAAGGCUGAAGUAAUGGUGUAUUGAGAUAUGAAUCUGUUUUUUUCCUUUUUGAUCAGUUGUGUAAGGUAGCCAGCCUCAACUCCUUUGUAGUGGAUGUUGCAAAUGGUUAAUCCCGUCUAUAAUAAAUUUUCGUACAAAUAAGCGUGUUAGAU